AGAAGACAACAAGAGAAGACUUUUGGUAAGAUGACGAGAGAGAUUAUUAGAUUACAAAUGAAAAGAAAGAGAGAGAUUAUGGCGAAACAAACUGAGAUUAAAUCUGCUAUUCAAGAGCUUAAUCUUCUUACCAAACUUAGUAACAAUGAAAAUGACAAUUCUAACCUUCCAUCUUCUGCUUCUGCUGCUGCUGCUGCUUCUGAUCAACAAAAACGUGCUGUUUCCUACAUACCCACCACUCCUUUUCUGUCUCUCUGCACAUUAACUGUUCAAGUUCUUGAUAAGAUUGGACCGACAAUGGUAGUGCUGAGACAAGAUAUUUACAAGAAUAUUCAGAGAUUGGAGAUGCUCAGUGAUUCUGAUCCAGUGACAUAUUCAAAUUUGGUUGAGAUAUUAAACAAAGAAGCAGUUGAAGGAAAUGCCAAAAGGAGUAACAGUUGUAGCAAAGCUUUGCUUUGGCUCACUAGGUCCUUGGACUUCAUGUCGGCAUUGCUCCAGCAUAUUGCAAUUGAUCCAAGGGAAAACAUGGAGCAAAUAGUGGAGAACUCCUAUGAGAUUACCUUAAAACCUUGGCAUGGAUGGAUUUCUGCAACCGCUUAUAAAGUAGCUCUGAAACUUUUGCCAGACACAAAUACAUUUAUCAGCCUGCUGAUGGCCAAAGGUGAAAACUUUGACACUCUCAGAGAUGAAAUUCAAGAUUUAGUUAGUUUACUCCUGCCUUUGCUACAAGAUCUUCACUCCACUCUUGGCUUAUAUGGACUGGAGAGGCUAAAGUCUACCUGAUGAAAUCCAUCGAUUGUUAAAUAGUAGAAAUGCUUCUUGUACAUAUUUACUAAUUUUGUUUUCCGCAUGCAAUGUUGUAUUGUUUAUAACAUUUUAGAGAUCGUUUAUUGUGAGGUUUGUUCACGUUUUUGCCUUAGCGUUUGUGUUUGUAGAAUGUGUUGGUUAAAAUGAUGAAAGACAAAAAAAAAAAAAGGAAAUGAGAAGGGAUUGCAGCGGAAGAGUAUAAUAACAAAGUAACAAACUGAUAUAUUGCAGCUUACUCAAGUAUAAAGUGCCGGAGGAAUAUAAAUAAUAAAGUAGAUAACUAACACACCUAAAACUAAGCAAAGCAUCAUAAACCCACAUCCUACAAAUGCCUAUCACCAUUGACUAACUAACAACAAAGUUUUAAUAAUAUGCCCCUUGGCUAACAAAUCAAACCCACUAAACUAUUAAUGAAACUACACAAUAGCAACUGAAUUGCAUCCGUUAGAGACCCACGUACAUCCCCACUACUUUGAAGUACUACA